AUGGCUCCCCAUGGCGACGAAGACGAAGAGAAAUCUCUCAGAGAUCCUCUACUACUCCCGGAUGAACAGGAGGAAAAGCUCGUCCAGGACGGGAGCUUGGAUUUCUAUGGAUCUCCAGCGGUGGCUUCCAAAACAGGGGGGUCUCGCCUCUCCACUCCGCCGGCCUUGCUCGUUUUCAUGCUCUGCUGCUCCCUCUCGCUCUAUGGGGUCUCUUACAACUUGGUCCUCUUCAUGGUCUCCAAGCUCGGCCUCUCCAAUGCGGCGGCGGCAACCCAGGUUAGCAUAUGGACAGGCGUUCACGACUUGUCCCCGCUGCUCGUCGCUUACGUCUCCGACUCUCACCUGGGAAGAUUCAAGACAACUCUGGGUGGUUCGCUGAUCUAUUCCUUUGGAUUGGCUUUGCUCUCGCUCUCGGUCCUGCUCGUCGAGAACAAAGUUCGUGUAACUUGGCUGUUUUUCGUGGCUCUCUACGUGAUUGCUCUGGGGAAAGGAUUUGUGGCGUCGCUACUGGCAUUUGGAGCCGACCAAUUUGAUGGCAAAGAUCCGGUCGAGGCCGCGAGGAAGAGCUCGUACUUCAACUGGUACUACUUUAGCUCAUCCAUGGGUCUUCUCCUCGCAGUGGUGGGUGUGGUGUAUAUCGAAGACCGGCUGGGUUUUAGCAGCGCUCUCUUCGUUUGCACGGGGGCGAUUCUUUUCGGGAUCAUGAUUUUUUCGAGCGCCACCAAGUUCUACCGAUAUGCUUCCAACUUGACAGGAAACCCAUUCGCGGGGCUCUCUGAUCAUUCCAACUUCGCGGGAAUUUUCUUGGUGUGGCUCGGAUCGGUGAUGUACGAGGCAAUGCGAGCACAGACUUUCUCGCUCUUCGUUGAGCAGGCCGCGCUCAUGAACACAAAAGUUGGCAGCUUUCGCGUCCCCCCGGCAUCGCUCAACUGUUUCGAUCCCAUCAGCGUUCUGGUGUGGACGGUCGUCUAUGAUCGCGUCUUGGUCCCGGUGAUGCGUCGAGGGACGGGAAACUCGCGGGGUUUUACGUUCUUCCAGAGGAUGGGAGCAGGGCUUGUGGUGAUGACAGGGGCUAUGGCGUGCGCGGCUGUGCUGGAAGCAAGACGUCUCGCGAAUUUCCACGACGAACGAGGUCAGAUCAACGUUUUGUGGCAAAUCCCCCAGUUCGCGCUUGUCGGCGGCUCCAAGGUUUUCUAUUACGUGGGAUUGAUCGAGUUUCUCUAUGACCAAGCUCCCGAGAACUUGAGAACUCUGAGCGCGGCCAUGGCGUUCUUCUCAGCGUCGGUGGGGAGUUUUCUUUCCGGAUUUCUCGUGAGCAUCACGUCGAGCAUCACUGGAGAGCGGGGAUGGAUCCCGCGAGAUCUCAACGAUGGGCAUUUGGAUUACUUCUUUUGGCUGCUCGUCGCGCUGGGCGUCGCGAACUGGCUGUUUUUCCUGGCCUCGUCUCGCAGUUACAAGUUUAAAGACUUACAUAACAGCAAUGACUAUGAUGGUGACAAUGGUGAUAUUGGUGAUCUUGGUGGAUCAGAGUUGGAGGAACUUGCUUUGUUGGAGGCUGCAAACAUUGGUGUUGCCCCUAUGUAG